AUGGCUGCCGUGUGGCGGAGUUUCAAGUUCUUCAAUGCGGAGCUCGUAAAAAAUCCCCUAUGUCGCAUGGAGAUGACGUGUUGCUGUUGCGGCGAAGGUUUGGUGUUUGCUGGUGGAAGCGAUGGCGCCGUAUGGGCCGUUGACCGCAGUAGCAAUAACGAAGGCGUUAAGUGCGAAUUUGGCGCAUAUAAAGGCCCUGUGCUAUACAUGAAGUACGUUCAAUCGCGGAAUGUGCUGGUUACUAUCGGUGACGACGACGGGGAAGAUGUGUGUGUUAUCCGUGUCUGGAACCUAGAAGCGGCAGCAGCACCGGGGAGGAUAUCACCACCGCCGUGUAAUGAGCACCGUUUGUUUAGUUCGAAGCACCCGCCUCCACGAGAACGAGUACCUCUCUGCCCAAUCUAUGACACGGGUUCCACAUCCUCUCCCACAUCCAAUAAGCGACGGGAUGCGACGGACUGCGCCCCAACCACAAGCAUUAACACCGUUGUUGCAUCUUUUGAUGUUGCAGAUGAUCUUCAGUGUAUGGCGGUGGCGCUUGUCAGCGGGGAUGUUAUACUUCUUCAUGAUGAUCUGGAGCGGAAGAAGGCGCUGAGGUUGCAGCGGCUCCGUAGUAACAUUGCGAAAGGCCCAAUUGCUUUUGUCGGCUUUACAAGAGCAACCUAUACACCAGAUGCGACAACAAAGAAAACCAAGAACCAGCAGCUUUUUACCCUCAGUGCGUCUCGCAGAGGAGAGGAAAUGGUUACACAUAUAAUGUAUAGUGUGUACGCUGAUUGUGUGACGGUGUGGCAAGUGUCGUCCGCGGGUUGCGAGGAGCACAGCUGUGAUUCUUUUGGUGGUGCUUUGAGGGGCCGUUGUUGCAUGACAGAUGAUGGCCAACUUGUUGUUGCAAGUAAUGCAAGCGAUCACAUUACCGUAUUCGGUAACAAAGAGACUCUGUCUCCGCGGAAGCAGUCACAAGGGUCGUUUGUUAGUUCACAUUUUAGUUCUUCUCAAGCAGUUGAAGUGGCCGGCCGAAAAUGCUUGCUUCUUUCUCACCGUGGUUACGUUGUGGUGCUGGCGCAAAGUGACGCAUGGUCAGACAGGUUCGUACUUCAGUGCUAUGAUCUGCCCAACCGGCUGCGCUGCCUGAGCCGCUCGCAAGAGAACUACUGCACCCAUGUCGAAUGGAUGUUGGCCGAUUCUUCAGAUAUAUUAGUUUUUUGUAGAGAGCCGAUUCGACAUGUUGAGGCAAGCAACAGCGGCAGCGUCACCGGCUACGAAAGCAAGAACAUCAGGACCGCUGCUCAUGCGUGCUACCAGGUCGUACGGCUUGUGGAGGUUGGUCUGGAAAAGCGACUUCAGCAGCUCUUCCAAAAAGAGUGCUACGAAAUCGCGCAGAGUAUCGCAUGCCGAUCUCAGUCAACCCCAGGUGGAAGACACCGGAAAAAUCAGCAGUUACUCGAUAUUAAGAAACACUACGGAGACUACCUUGUGAGCAAGCGGGACUACACUGGGGCGAUGAGACAAUACGUGGACAUCAUAGGCCACGUGGAGCCGUCAUAUGUUAUACGGGUAUUCGUUGACGCACAGCAGAUUGUGCCUCUCACGGGCUACCUGGAGGAGCUUCACAACACCCGAGACAACCAAACCGCUCAGCGGAGUCACACUACACUGUUACUGUGCUGUUACAUUCAGCUGCAUGACGAGGAGAAGCUGAACAAUUUCAUUCGCCGAAGUGAUGUUCGCUUCGAUCCUCGUAUCGCAAUUGACGUAUGCACGGAGGCAAGGUACUAUGAGGCCGCGUUGUAUCUCGCAGAAAAGUAUGCUAAGCCGCACGACUAUGUUACGGUGCAGCUCGAUCACUUGAACAACCCAAAGAAAGCCCUUGAGUUCAUACAGGCGCUGUGUCUGGAUGACGCUGAAGCCAUAUUGCGGCAACAGCACGGUAAGCACCUUGUAGCGGCACUACCGCGUAGAGCAACAGAAGUUCUCAUUAAUCUGUGUGUAGGUUGGAGUGGUCCCGCACGGCGCUUGGUGGGUAACGAAGUCGCGACCUCAAAGGAAGGGGGGCCCAAGCACCACAAUCGUGGUGAUGCAAAGGACUUUCUUCACAUAUUAUCCGACUUCCCUGUGUGUCUUUUGCAUUUCUUGCGAGCCGUGGUGAAUAGCGGUGUGUUGGACGACGCAGAUCCCAAACGGGAAAUGGUAAUUUAUAAUACGCUUCUGGAGAUGUACGUUACACGGGAACUCAAACAUGCCACUAGAGGUAACAUUAUCCCCAUGGAAGAAGAGUCGUUUGUUGCAGAAUCGUGCGAGGAGCGGCGCAAGCAGGCAUAUGGGUUCUUUACGGUGCACAGCGGUAGGUACGAUCCAUACCACGCCUUACUGCUGGCAGAGCAGCACGGCUUUGAGGAAGGUGUGUUCGUGCUUCUUCGCCGACUUAAUUGCUCCACUGAGUUGAUGCAAUAUCACGCAAAAGGGCUGGCGCACGGUGUUCCCACUCUGGUACGACAGAUAGCAAAGACAAGACUUAUUGAAAUUUGUCUCAACAGUACUAACGACGGUGUGGAGCAAAGUAAUGACGGCUCGGGGAACGGUCCAAAGAGCGGUGGAAGUGCCCGUGAGUUGUGGUUGUCCCUGCUUUCCAUGCUUGCGCACACUCCAGAAAGCGAUGCCCAGGAUAUUAGCCAAGUACUGGGGCACAUUGCCGCACAAGACGCGCUCUCACCACUAUCUGUGCUCACAACACUUAACAGCAGCAACCCAGAGUUACCGCUGCACAUAUUUCGUGAUUAUGUGGUCAGGAUGGUGCAACGUGAAGUGAAGCGGUCAGAGUCCAUCAAAGCCCGCACGGAAGCGCGAUUGAAGGAGCUGCAUGAGCUUCAUGGUAAAUUGGACGCGUUGCAGACGCGUGUGACAACACUGCAAGCGUUCAAUUGCAACCACUGUGGGUCUCCGCUCGAUUUGCCAGCUGUGUACUUCAGUUGCCAGCACGCGUUCCAUCAACGUUGUCUAAAUGACACAGCGAGGUGCAACGUUUGCUCUCCAGCUAACUUUGAGUUUGGCUGUGUUGAUCAGCCACAAUACGAUGGAGAGGAUGAGAGUGACAAAUUCUUCCAUUGCUUAGGUGGUUUCAGUUAUGAAAAGGGUUUCGAUGUGGUGGUGGAGCGAUUUAGCAAUGGUGUCACUGGCCUGCAGGGGCCCCGCAAGAUGGACGCACCGUGUGAUAGCAGCUCCAUUGUCCAUGGAUUGCUCAAUUCUUCUAUCGACCUCACCAGCAGUGUCAAUAGAAGUAGAGGCCCAAGCGAAACCGUUUUGCUGAGUGAUGAUGACACCUACGAUGAAUCUGGCGAGUUGAUGAAACCGGAGGCAGUAGAGCUGUGGUAG